AAAAUGAUGUAGAUAACAGUUAUUUGAGUUAAUGUUGUUUUAAAAUGUUCUGUAACAUACAGAGUUAACGCAACUGAACAUUAGAAGAAGCCACACCCUUCAAGCUGAAUAAAAAGGUUCAGUUUCGUUUCUCUUUACUGACUUUUGAAAAUGGCUUCUGCUGUUCUAAAUGAUGAGCUUACCUGCUCUAUUUGCCUGAAUAUCUAUAGAGAUCCUGUGGUGUUACCGUGUAAACAUAAUUUCUGUAAGGAAUGCAUUUCUAACAUUCUAAACAGUCAGAGAAAGACUGGAAAUUACAUUUGCCCUGAAUGCAGAGCGGAAUUUAUGCAUCAGCCACCUCUACAUAAAAACCUGAAGCUCGGGAACAUUGUACAACGUUACCUUUGUACCCAGCAAGAAGAGGGCAAAUCUGAGGUCUUUUGUACUUACUGCAUCAACUCUCCAGUGCUUGCCGUGAAAACAUGUGUACAUUGUGAAGCCUCCUUGUGUGACAUGCACCUGAGAACCCACAGUAAGUCUGAGAAACAUGUUUUAGUUGAACCCGCUUCCUCCAAGGCAGAAACAAAUAAAUGUUUAAUCCAUAAUGAGCUCCUUAAGUACUUUUGCUCUCAAGAUUCUGCUCUGAUUUGUUUGAGCUGUGGUAAAGAGGGUAAACACCAGGGGCACAGGUUGGAACUGAUAAGUGCUGCAUUUGAGAAAAAAAAGACAACACUACGUUAUUUACUACAGGAGAUAAAUUCAAGAACAAUCGAAAAUGACAAACAACUGUGGAUGCUACAGAAGCGCAAAAAGAGGGUGCAAGACAAGGCAAGUGACAUGACAGAAAGGGUGGCUGCACUGUUCAGAGACAUAAGAGAAGAGGUCUUGGCACUAGAAAAUAAAGUCAUAAAUGAAAUCAUUACACAAGAAGAAAAACUCUCACGUCCCCUGGCUGAUCUAAUCCAAAAGUUAGAAAUGGAAACAACUGAUCUGCAUGCAAAAAAGUGUCAUGUUGAGGAAAUGUGUAGUGUCACAGAACCUCUAACCCUACUUAAGCAACCUGCCAUCAAUAGUGAUCUUGGAAAAAAACAUUUGAGGGAAGCAGAUAGUGAUGAUUUUGAUGAACUAACCAUUGCAAUGACAUUGCAGAAAGGUCUCUCCAGCCUGUCUGACACUAUUCCCAGACUGAAAAAAUCGAAGGGCUUCUUUAUGGAAGACGACUCUGACAUGAUUCUGAAUGUUGACACAGCUGACCUUAACAUUGCUCUUUCACCUGAUUUACAAAAUGCAUCUUACUGCCAGAAAGAAAAGUCACGACCCCAUCAUCCAGAGAGGUUUAUGACUCAACAAGUGUUAAGCAAAAAUAAAUUUUCAUCAGGACAACAUUAUUGGGAAGUAAAAUGUGCCAAUACAGGAGACUGGUACAUAGGUGUGACAUAUCAUAGUGUCAAGAGGAAAGGUGACAUGUCAUACAUUGGAAGCAAUAACAAGUCCUGGUGCUUAAGCUGCAAGGAUGAAGCAUUUACAGCAGACCAUGAUGAUGAGUCGGAAGAAUUAUGUUCAGAGCCAGACACUUUACAUUUUGGAAUAUAUCUGGACUAUGAGAGUGGGCAGUUGUCUUUUUAUGAAUUAUCUGAACCAGUCAAACAUUUAUAUACUUUCAAGGCAACUUUCACAGAACCGCUGCAUGCUGGCUUCUUUAUUGGGGAAGGUAGCUGGAUACAUAUUGGGAAAUAAGGGGGGAACUAUUUUUAUAAAUAAGAUACAAGUUGGUUAUCUGUCACAGGUUCAUAAGCUCUGGGUCAGGAUCCAAAGCUGUUUAGGGAUGGUCACCAUAUCCAUGUUGAUAAAGUGUACAAUUUUACUACAGUAGAAACAAAGCAUUCAUACACUAUACCUAAAAUUUAAAUGAACAAUCCACUAUUGCUAUUUGUAAAUGAUUCCAUAUGUGUGGCCAGAACACAAUACAGGUUUAGAAUCUGUUAUUCAUAAUGUUUGGCUCCUGGGGUUUUCUGUAUAAUGCAUCUUUCUGGACCUUGGAUCCUCAAACCUUCAGCCUACUAAAAAAACAAUGAAACAUUCAAUAAACCCAAUAGAAUUUUUUUGCCACCCAUAUAGAUUCAUGCAGCUUAGGAUCUAGUACAAUGUAUUAUUUUAUUAUUCAGGGAACAAGGAAAUAAUUUAAGAAAAAUAUAAUGAUUUACUUGAAAUAGAGAUUUAUUAGGAGCAAAGUCACUCAUCUGACAGCUGGUGAGUUCUUGUAGAAGUCAAUGUGAGUUGUAUUUUCAAAUUUAAGUUGUUUUUUUUGAGUUUUCAAGAUUAAUACAAUGCUACGGCAGAAAAAUCCCAGCCAUAUGUCCAAGUUACUCUUGUAUGACAUGUAUACUAAAAGAAUCUAACUUAGUUAAUUCUUUAAUAUAUCACACCUCAUAUAACAUCUAAUUUAACAAUAGUUACAGAAGAUCUAAUGUGAAAUCUUCACAACUGAGCUGAUUAUGAUAUUCCAACAUUUAACAAACUAAAACGGUGACACUACUUGGCCUUUUGGCUUGAGCAAUCAUGAAUUAAACAAGCUGAAAUGAUUGAACGGUCAUAAAUUGUAUAUUGACUAGACAGUAACAUUGGCCUGUGUAUAACCACCUUAAAGGGUAUUACCCCAUGAGCAUUUUUAAAGUGAGCUUGUUAGGUGCAUGGCUCACCCAUAAAUUGUCCUCUUACCCUACUAUCUUCCAUUAUCUUGUGCUCCUUUUCUUUCUGGUUGAUUUCCCUUUCUUUAAAAAAACAACUAUGGAUAGUGAAAUUACUUUGUAUUAUCUUGGCAACUGCACAGGAACAGCAUGCACAUUUGGUGCCUUGCAUAUGUACUGCAUUUCUAAUACACACUUUUUCCAUUUUUUUAAAAUCACAUAAAAACAUAAUUUAUCUCAAUUCAUUUUGUAUAUGAUUGCAUCAUCUACAUGCUCUUAUAUAAUUAAAAACCUUAUCAGAAUCAUUUUAUGUAAAGUUCAAAUUGCUGUAAUAUAUUGUGUGUUUUAUUUGCUCUUUAUUGUAAUAAAUAAAAAUGUUGAUUGGC